AUCAUGAUUGCUCUCACAAUUAUAACUUGACCGUUCUCUUGGCUUAUAAAGACACCAUUUUGUGAUUUGCUUUGGUAUCUAUCCCUCUCUGUUUCUCUCUGUUCCUCUCUCUCUCUCUCUCGAGAACAGAAAGGAAGGUGAAAAUGGGAAGAUCCCCUUGUUGCUCUAAGGUGGGGUUGAGAAGAGGACCAUGGUCAACCAGAGAAGACACUUUGCUAACAAAUUACAUUCAAGAACAUGGUGAAGGCCAAUGGAGAUCUCUCCCCAAGCAAGCUGGGUUGUUGAGAUGUGGAAAGAGUUGCAGAUUGAGAUGGAUGAACUAUUUGAGGCCUGGUAUUAAGAGAGGAAAUAUCACUCCGGAUGAAGAAGACUUGAUAACGAGACUCCACUCUCUUCUGGGAAAUCGAUGGUCACUCAUCGCAGGAAGAUUGCCCGGUCGAACGGACAAUGAGAUUAAGAAUUACUGGAAUACACAUCUUCUCAAGAAGCUAAAAACGGCAGGAAUCGAACCCAAAGAUUUGCCAAAACAACGAAAAGAGCCAAAGCUAAAAUCCAAGAAAUCCGCAGUUCCAAAACCCAAUGACAAGCCGGAAAAGAAGGAAAGCGAGAAAAUCAAUAAAGGAAAUACAAACGAUUCCAAAACAGUAGAAGAAGAAGAAGCAGCUCCUAAGAUUACAGUUUAUCUGCCAAAAGCUAUAAGGGUUUCUUCAGUAUUUUCAAGAAGUAACAGUGUUGACAGUUUAUUCAGUGGCUCAUCAUCAUCAUCAAGUGAAUGUGAUGUGGGAAAAUAUGCAACACUUCCUGAAACGGCGUCGUAUAUAGACUGGCCUAUGUUUGAGCUUGAGGAUGCAAACUAUGGAGUUUGUGGAGAAUCUCAAGAACUUGAAUUUUUUGGUGGAUUUGAUAUGUCACUCCUACAUUCAGAGUCUUCCAAUCAUGUAAACAUGCUUGAACAAGUCUAUGAUGAAUAUUUACAGCUUCUUUAAAUUAUAAAUUAGUAUGUUAAUUAAUUUUUAUAUAAUUUUGUUUAGAUUAUGCCAUU